AUAUAUAGAGCCUGCGCUCCGUGUCGUCUGGAGCACACACUCACUCAUACUCACACACACACACACACACACAAUACAGUCAGGAUGGUGAGAAACAAUGUGAUGUUUCAGGCAGCUGCUCUCCUGAUUCUUGCUUUGUUCUUCAUCUGCUGUAGCUCUGUAGAAGCCACCGAUGCAACACCAGACUGCUGUUUGUCAGUCGUGGACAAAAAAAUCCCUCAAAAUGCGGUAGUGUCCUACUACCACCAGGUCAAAGGGGCGGGCUGCAGAGUGGAGGCCACAGUGUUUAUUACAAGGAAUGGCAGGAAACUGUGUGCACCUCUUCCAAGAAAGAACAACUGGGUUAAAAAGUUAAUCCAAAGACUGAAUAAAAAAUCCAAAAAAUCAUCCAAAAAAACAUCGAAGUAGGAAAUAAUCGUGGAUCAGAUCGCACAGGUCCUGUUUACGAUCAGACUCGGAUUAGACUGAUCUGAGAAGCUGAAACCACUGCCAGGAAUGAAUAAGCUUAUGAUAAGAUAUGAUAUAAAUAUUGCUGUUGUUGUGCGAAACCAAACCCGCCACCUGAACAUGCUUUGAUUGUAUUUUAUAAUAUCUCUGAUAGUGGUUUAGUUUUAUUCUGUACAUAUUUAUAUCUAUUGUCUCAUUUACAGUAUCAAUGUUUAUAAAAAGACACUUUUUACCAAAAAUAAA